AUUGCAUUUAUCUUACAGAAUGGUCUAUUACAAGUGUGUGUAUAUAUAAUCGUGAUUAUAAGUUCACCCUGGUGUGAAUUACCUUAAGCAUUUUAAGAGAAAAAUCUGUUUAUAAUUACGGAAUAUAAAGUAAUUUAAGUUUUUAUAGUACAAAAAAGACCAGAUGUGUAACGAAGGAAAAAGUAAUGCAGCAUAAUGUUAAAAACAAUUUAAACAACUUUACCUGUUGAUUUAGAAUACCAUUUCUUUUUUAAACUAAGAAAGUAAGUCAUCUUUUCCACUAUACAAACAUAUAUAGUAUAUUUAAUAACAAAUGCUAAAUUAAUUUUUUUUUCUUUUUGGCCAGCUGAUGAAACAAUAUAAAGCUGUUGAAAAAUUAAAUUGUAAAUUUAAUUGAAUUAAUAAGUUUCUAAAUCACUUUUAAUCUAAUAGGUUCAAGUAUAAUUCCUUAAUUACUUUUAGGAGAAAUACAUAUUUAGGAAAGCUUGUUAACUGACAAAUAAGCAUUGCUCCUUAUAUAUUUUGCUCAUAUACAGAAAUAUUAGUUUAUGAAUAUUAUAAAUUAACGUGUUAUAAAUUACUCAAAAAUAUAAAUUAAUUUACAAACUUCAAUUUAUUUAUUAUGGAUUUAUCUUUUAUUUUUAUCUCUCCCUCUCAUUUACCAGAAAGAAAAAAAAAACAUUUCACCUUUGACAUUUCAGUUUUAACAGGUUAAAAAUCAUAUGCUUAAAGGAUCGAAUCUUCCUCAAAUUUCUGUUCAAUCAAUGCCAACCUGGGCCUCCAAAUAAUUUACUUUGUUUUAGUUUCUAGAAGAAUGAUUGCUUAACAAAUGAAAAGGAAACCUUGUAUUUUUGAAAUCUUUUACCUUAUUGCGGGUUAAGGGCACGGAGAUGCCCACUAGUUUUAUUUCUAUUCAUAAUCAUCAUUGGAGCAAGAGGCUCCCAUAUGUCCCGAAUCUUGCUGCUGUUAAGUGAAUGAUGGGAUCUCUUUCUCUCUCUCUCUUACCUUUCGGAACUUACCAUGGAUUGAUAAUUUGUAAACAAAACUGAAAAAAUAUAUUUCUAUGUGAAAGUUAAACUAUAAAAGUCCUUUGAGGAAAUAUUUAAAGCUAUGGCACGAGCAUUUGGAAAAUUUUGGUUAUGGCUUAAAGAUCGGAAUAAAAAGUUCCAUAGAAGAUCUUGGGCCUACCCUGAAGAAUAUGAAACAGUCCACUACCACCCUGCUCCGGAUAUUGGGGCACCAGAUUUAAGACAAGAAGCAGAUGAAGAACGAAGAGGGAUUGCCAUAGUAGAACUGUAUAAAGCAGAAGGAUGUACGCUGGGAUUAACCAUAUCGGGUGGAGUGGACAAGAAUUGCCGGCCUCAAGUUUCAAAUCUUCGACCUGGCAGUAUUGCACACAGAUGCGAUGCUCUUGAAGUUGGCGAUUUCAUACUGUCUGUGAAUGGCAUUCGUACAUCAGCCUUGAAACAUGAAGAAAUAGUGAAUCUGCUGAAGAAUGCUGGAGAGCAAGUCAUACUAGAGGUGGAAUAUGAAGUUCCUGAAUCAGCUCUCCAGAGUGCCUUCUCCAUCCAGUGCAAGAGACAUGAAAUUGUUCUAGAGAAAGAAGGCAAUAGCUUUGGUUUCACUCUGAGAGGUGGCUUGUCUUUGGAACGAAUGAAAUCUCAUGCUUUAACCGUAACUUCUGUUCGAGCCGGAGGUCCAGCUGAUCGGGAUGGCCAUUUAAAGGCAGGUGAUAGAGUGAUUGCAAUCAAUGGAUUCAAUGUAGCUCACCUGAGUCUUUCAGAAACAAUGGCCAUGAUGCAGAAGUGUGAAUCACGAUCAGCGUUCCUUGUCGAGUAUGAUGUUUCAGUGAUGGAUGCUGUCCAGAAUGCCACUGGUCCAUUAUUGGUUGAAAUUGAGAAAGUUCCAGGUGUGUCCAUUGGUAUUGGGCUUAGUCAUGUUACACAUAAUAGCAAACGGUCAAUUAGCAUCGAAACUGUUGCACCCAUGGGAAUUGCAGACAGGAGUGGUGCUAUCCAUGUAGGUGACCAAAUCUUAUCCAUUGAUGGCGCAAGCGUGGAACGUAUGUCUCUGCCUGAAGCUAGUCAGCUUUUAAAGUCAGGUUCUGGGGACCAGGUGCGACUGGAAAUCAUUCCAAUAAGCCAUAUUCAACAGCGAGCAUCUAGGGAAGCAAUUGCUCGAAAAGCAUUAGUGCCUAUUUGUAUGCCAUCUUCCGUAUCAACGCCAACAUUGGCACUUCCUAGCAGUCCAUUUGGUACACUUCACAAUUACAAUACCAUACGAUCAUCAGGGUCAUGUGGGCGAAAUUCUGGCACUUUGCCUUCUAGAAUUUCCAGCCAAUCCAAUUCGCAUCGUUCAUGGUCAAGACCAGACCGGAAGCAAGCAUCAUGCAUGUCAGUUGCAUCAACUGUAACAUCUGUGAUGCCAAACAACCAAAUUUGUCAUACAGAAGUCGUGGAAGUCAUUCUAUAUCAUGACCAUCGAGGUCCAGGCAUAACUCUCAGUGGUGGCAUCUUCUCUACCACUGUACUAACUGAGCCACCUGUCAUUUCCUAUGUGGAACCUGGUAGUGCUGCUGACAGGAGUGGCGUUAUUCAAGAAGGUGAUCGGAUUAUAUCCAUUAAUGGUCAAGAACUUGUGGAUAAAACAUUCGAUGAAGCUAAUACAUUGUUAAAAGAGUCUGGAACGCGGUGUUUAUUGGAAAUAGAGUUUGAUGUCACGGAAUCUGUUCUUCCAAGUUCUGGAACAUUUGUUGUCAAAUUACCUCGAAGAUCAUAUGGCCUAGGAAUCACUGUCAAUGCACCAAACAAUCGCAAACCUACCGAUCCAUUAAUAAUUACAGACGUCAGGCGUGGAAGCGUGGCAAACAGAUGUGGUUCUAUACAGCCAAGUGAUAAACUUUUAGCCAUCAAUGAUAUUCGAAUGGAGCCUUGUUGUGCAGAUGAGGCUGCUAAUUUGUUGGAGACUGCAGAUGAUAUCAUUGUACUAAAGAUUCGAAGAGAUGAUCCUUAUGGAGAUGAAGAUUCUGAAGACUGUGUGACAUAUACUGUUGAGUUACAGAAACGUGGUGGAGUUCUUGGAAUUACAAUAUCUGGCACUGAUAAUCCUAUGGAUCCUAUUACCAUUUCUGGUUUAACAGAAGGUGGAUUAGCAGAAAGGGAUGCAACUGGUGCCAUCCAUGUUGGAGACAAGCUUCUGGCAAUCAAUGGCAACACAACCAGAGGAUGUAAUUUGUCUGAAGCUAUAAACAUGUUGCAGCUUGCUGGAGAUUUAGUGACGUUAAAAAUCUCUCGAACUGUAGAAAAAACUACAACAAAGAAAAGGUUUGAAAAUGGCAAGAGAGGUUAUUCCUUUCAUGCCACUGAAAUCAUCAGGCAAGAACUGUCUUCUUUCGGUAUUCAGCAAGCAUCACCACUGCGCCACCAAGUAACUCAUCAACUUCCACCUCCUCCACCUCAGCAUCUUCGUCAAUUGUCACGACAGCCUGCUCGAUGCCGCCGGCCAAUCUCUUCAGCAUUGGCACUGAUGUCGGCAUCAGCAAGCCAGAGGAACAGUCGUGGCAGCCACUACAGACAUUCGGAUGAGACUUGUUCAGUCAAUAGCUUCAAAUACCAAUCUUACCAAACCAACACAGAGAACAGGCCAAAAGGUGUUGAGCGUGAAGAUUAUUCCCACAAGACUGCUACUCCCAUUCCAAGUGUGGACAGUGCUUUGGAGUCUUGGGGAAGUUCUGGGUUGGAGAGUUUCAAUCAGAAUUCAAAUAUACAUACCGUUCUUGUGACCAAAAAUGGCAGCAGCAGUAUAAACCACAGUCCAGAUAAAUCAGCCACAUUACCAGCUGAUUUCCGCAGUUAUCCAGAUUCCAUAGAGUCAUCUUCAGAGGCAGAUGGUAGCAUGGAAGGCAACUCUACCCAUCAUCACUACACUGAUGAUGGAUGGCAGGACAAUGAGAGCAACCAAAGUUACGAGGACAGCAGUGAUAAUGAGAAAGCUGAUGAAUGGUCAAGGACAUGCGAUGACCUUGAAAACACUGACACCUCAGAGAUGCUACGACAGAUAGGAGCAAGUCUUAGGCAAAGGAGCGUUGCGAGUCUACAUAAGAUACGAUCCCGUGAAGGGAGACGGAAACCAAAGAAAAGCAACUGCCACUGUGCCCAGGGCAACGAUAACAUCAUAGCUUCAUCUCUUACAAAUACAUGUACCGAUUUAGUACCAGCAACAUUUGAUGAGCAGGUACAAACCAUUUUUUCCCCUACCCCAAUUGAACUUCACAAGUUUACAAUCGCUAAAGAAAAUGCCACAGAAGAUUUCGGUUUCAGCUUAUCAGAAGGAAUGUACGAAAAGGGAGUUUAUAUCAGUGCCAUUAGACCUGGAAGUCUGGCAGAGAAGUCUGGUCUCUUGCAAUAUGACCGGAUUCUUCAGGUGAAUAAUGUGAAAACUCGAGAUUUUGAUUGCCGCCUUGUAGUACCAGUUAUUGCCGAGGCUGGCAGCUGUUUAGAGUUGGUUGUAAGCCGAAAUCCUCUGGCAGAUGCAUCAAAUGAAGGGAGAGCUUAUAUGUUAAAUAAUAAGAAACCUUUGAAAUCUUUAUGAAAUAUAAGAAAGGACUAAUUCUAUACCAAUUUUCAAGGUUUCAGUUUUCAUGACCUCAUUUUUUUAAAACAUGAAAUUCAUUGAGCUUGCUAUGAGAUUUUUGGGAUUAAUCUGUGUGUCUCAUACUUUGUACUCCAGGAAUAUACCGGAAACAAUCUAAUUUUCAAACCUAACAAAGAAAAUGUUUUAGAUUGCUAAGUAAAUAUGAUGAUACAAGCGUGUGCGUUGGAUUAAUCUACAGCAUACUAAAUAUAUUGUAUCAUUGCUAAGUAAAUAUCUGUCAAAACGAGGAAGGGAAUAUGUGAGAUAAUCUUACACAUAUGUUACUUAACAAACAUCCCCAAGAGAGAACGAGAGAGAGAGAAGUGUGUGUAUAUCGUUGUUAUUGUUGUUUGUUUUGUUUAUUUUUAAAAAUUUUAUUAAAAAAAAUUAUUUAUUCAUCAUUUGCCGUUUGGUGAACGUUUAAAGAACUGAUUUUACAGGAAUCAAUUAAAGGAAGAAAUGAAGACAAGAUUUUUUUUUUUGAAAGAGCAGCAGUAAAUCAUGUACAACAAUUAAGACCAAGUUAAUUAACUUUGAAAGUAGCAAUAGAAGAGACGGUGCUUACAAGCUAACGACUAAACCAAACUGCUACACUAGUUAUCUUUUCAAAUUCAUGUGGGACAUUACAUGAGUGGGAAAAUUGCUUAACUCUUUUGGUACCAAUCCAACUAAGACUGUCCUUGGUUCUUUGAUAUAAGCUUCCUGGUUUAAAGUGAUAUAAAAAUUAAAACCUUUCAUUAAAAUGUCAUGUUAAUUUAUGUUCUGAACUUCAGCUUAAUAAUGACAAAUUUAUUUUAAUAAAUUCAUCGUUAUUUUCCAAAUUAAUUGAAACAAAGGCAAUGUAUUGCAACAGAAUAUGGUAGCAAAAGGGUUAACUGAUAUAUGUGUGUGUGUGUGUGUGUGCAAACUCCAUCUUACACAGCUUGCUGAUGAAGCAAUGAAGCUGUCUGUCUCUCUUUCUCUCUCUCUCUCUCUCCAUUGAACUGAAUUUUAAAUAUAGAUAUGAAAUAAAUUCCACAAUACUCAGUCAACAAAAUGAUAUUCAGUGGCAGAAAAGAAAUAAAGAAGAGGCCAUGGAACUGGACUCUUAAGAAACGGUUCCUAUUGAUAAUUGAUGGCCUUUCAAACAUGUGUUACCAACACAAAUUUGUAAAAUUUGGACAAUUAACCAAAUGUAUAUUGCUGUGAUUGUUUAGUUAUCUGUAUAUUUCUGUGUGUGUGUGUGUUGUUGUUUUUUUUCUUUGCAGGAAUGGCCUUCAUAUUGUCAGUAAGUAACUAGAAAAAGAGUUCUGUGAAACAUAACCAAAAAAAAAAAAAUCAUAACUAUUUGUCAUAAUUAAACAAAAACAAGCUUGCAUUCUUACCGUCAUCGAUUCCUACAGUAUAUUAUGUUUCUGCGACAAACUUUUUCAUUCUUGCUGCCAGAUUUGCUUUUCAGUUGUCCUCCUCAUAACAUUUGGGUCUGCCUUGACCGUGAAUGAUUAAAAAGAACAAAAAAAAGACCA